UCGCGCGCGCCGUUUUCUAAACAAAAAAGUGUGUUUAAGUGAAAGAAAUGUCUGAUUCUGCUGCUGCAACGUCCGCUUCUCCGGUGGCUGCCCCACCAGCGCCAGUUGAAAAGAAGGUGUCCACCAAAAAAUCAUCUGGAUCCGCUACUACAAAGGCCAAGAAGGCUGCUGCACCGCCAUCGCAUCCGCCAACUCAACAAAUGGUGGACGCUUCCAUCAAGAAUUUAAAAGAACGUGGCGGCUCAUCACUUCUGGCCAUUAAGAAAUAUAUCACUGCCACCUACAAAUGUGAUGCACAGAAGCUGGCUCCAUUCAUCAAGAAGUACUUGAAAUCAGCCGUGGUCAAUGGAAAGCUGAUUCAAACAAAGGGAAAGGGAGCAUCCGGGUCAUUCAAACUGUCAGCCUCGGCCAAAAAGGAUCCCAAGCCGAAGGUUGCGUCUGCUGAAAAGAAAGUGAAAAGCAAAAAGAUAGCUACAAAGAAAACUGGAGCCACCGCCAAGAAAGCUACCGCCGGAGGUGCUGAGAAGAAGCCCAAACCUAAGAAGUCGGUGGCCACCAAAAAGACUGCCGAAAAGAAGAAAACCGAAAAGGCAAAGGCCAAGGAUGCCAAGAAAACUGGAGCUGUUAAGGCAAAGCCAGCGACAACAGCAACAAAGGCCAAAUCGACCGCAGCGAAGCCGAAGGCGGUCAAAGCACCAAAAAGCCAAACCAGCGGCGUCAGCUAAGCCCAAAAAAGUUGUGAAAAAACCAACUGCUCCUGCUACCGCUAAGAAGCCAAAAGCAAAAACUACGGCUGCCAAGAAGUAAAUUGUGAAAGAGUACCCUGGUACACACUCGCAAUCUUGAUUUUAGAUUUCGAAAUCUGAAAUUAGUUUAAACAAGCCCUUUUCA